AUGCAUCGCAACACUUCCUUUUAAGCUCGGCGCCUGGGAGGUGGGGCCCACGCGGAUUCAACAUGAGGAUCGAGAAGUGUUAUUUCUGUUCCGGGCCGAUCUACCCUGGCCACGGCAUGAUGUUCGUCCGCAACGACUGCAAGGUGUUCCGAUUUUGCAAAUCCAAGUGUCAUAGGAACUUCAAGAAGAAGCGGAAUCCACGCAAGGUCAGGUGGACUAAAGCCUUCCGGAAGGCAGCUGGCAAGGAGCUCACGGUGGACAACUCAUUUGAAUUUGAAAAGCGUAGAAAUGAACCCGUGAAAUACCAGCGAGAGCUAUGGAAUAAAACUAUUGAUGCAAUGAAGAGGGUUGAAGAGAUCAAACAGAAACGGCAGGCCAAGUUUAUAAUGAACAGGUUGAAGAAAAACAAAGAGCUCCAGAAGGUUCAGGAUAUCAAAGAAGUCAAACAGAAUAUCCAUCUUAUCCGGGCUCCUCUUGCAGGCAAAGGAAAGCAGCUGGAAGAAAAAAUGGUACAGCAGUUACAGGAGGAUGUGGACAUGGAGGGUGCUUCCUAAUGGUGCCGCCUGCAGCCAGCCCUGCGCACACUGGAAACCAGUGGAGACUGUCGGUCCCUAAGUUAUUGAUUGGUUACAUAAUGUCCCCCAGGCAAAGGUGACUCAUGUGCUUCUCUCUACAGUGCAGCCUGUAAAAGUAUCCAUUGCGGGUGAUAGGUCUCAACUCAAUGUGCUGCUUCACUGUGUUAUGCUCACAGAAACACGAAAGUUUGUGUGUAGAUGAAGGUGUGAACCGUGGGCAUCACAUGGUUGAGUCGUUGCUUAAUGGCACCAGGCAACAUUUCUGCACUGACUAUCAUGCUAGUGUGAAAUUCGUAAUAAAGUAAUAUUUUCCUUGCACUAGGAUAGUUUAUUUAUUAGGGUUAUUGAUGCAGAGGUCACAGCAAGGAACUAACCAUUCUCAUGACAACCUCAGUCUCUUGUUUUGCUUUAGUUUGUUUAGGAUCUCCUUAGACUUGCAUAAUGGCCUCAUACAGUGCCACAGUGCAGCUGAAUUAUGCUGGGCUGUCUGCCCUGUCGGCAGCUUGUGGAUGGUGGGGGUGGGGUGGGGUUUAAUAAACUGUCUGAAUGGCAUCUUAGUACUGCUUUGGAGAAUGCUCAGUUCCAAGCUGUGACUUCUGCUCCCUCCACUCCAGUUCUCUCUAGCCCAGCAGUAGUCUAGAAACAGAAGAAUCUUGGUGCCUUUUAAAAUUUAUUUUGUGGUUUUCUUUUACUUUUUUUUGAGAUAAGCUUUCUCUAUUGUGUAGCUUUAGCUGUCCUGGAACUCACGGAGACCUACCUGCCGCCUCCUGUAUGCUGGGAUUAAAGGUGUGUACUACCACACCAAGCAUUUUUGAUUUUCUUAAUUAAAAAAAAAACGCAAACAACCCAGCCAAACAAAACCUCAUUGUUUUUUGAAAACAGAAUGGAAAGAAUGUUGCCUAUUAAUUUGUACAUAAAUAAAACCAUUUCUAAAGUGCUA